AUGUGUGACCCGCACGGACAGAGCCAACAGCCAUAUGGUGUCCUGUGGGAUCGUCCGAGGCUGCUGCAGGGCCUGGAGAGGGCCCACACAGCCGACAUCAAGACCUACCUCUCCGGGCACCUCAGCCCUAACAGCCUCCAUCAGAAGAGGCCUUAUGGGAAGCCAAAGGGACCGAUCUGGGCUAUGGCCGAGGCUCCUGACGAGGAGCUGGAUUGGGAGGCUGUGUUGAGGGAGCAACAGGAGAAGGCAGCCCUCGUGGAGGACAUGAAGGAGGCCAUGGCUGGCUUCACCACGGCAACCACCUCCCUUCAGGGUUUAGACCUGAGAGAGAAGCGUGACAGCGAGCCGCAGUCCUCAACAGUGAGGAGUUACUGGACAGGAGUUCAGCCCAGGCCCGUGCUGGACACAUCCGAGGUCUUCCUGGUCAAACCUCGGCAGGAAAGGCCUUCCCCUGGAGACAAACGUGGGGAGGUAGACCAGGGCCGGUUCUGGUUCACUCGGACCCACCUGGCUGGCCUGACCCGGAAGGACCAGCUCAAGAUGUUGAGGCAAUUUAGCCAGAGCGUGCUGAAGAGGCAGGACCUGGUGGAGAGGAAGGGCAUGACCGGGAGCAGGGCCGCCGAGGCUCACGGAAGGAAACUGGAGCAGGAACUGCAGAAGCUCCCUGUCCAUCCCGGCCCCAGCAGUGAUCGUCUCCGGGUGUUCAGUGACGUCUUUGCUGACGUGUGUGACGGGUCGCCUACGUUUGGCAUCCUCCUCAGGGAAAUCAAGGCAGAGUAUGAUUUCUACCUCAGCUCCACUCUCAGGUUCCAGUCUUCCCUUCAGGAUAUGUCUGUAAUGGCUACUCUGAGGGAGCUGGGGAAUGGAGUCGAGGGGGAAAUGGAGCUUGAGGAGGCUGAGAAGGAGGUGUCUCUGCUGGCUGCAGAGGCUAGACAAGCCCUGGAGGAGAAUGACAGAGUCAGGAAUGAGUACCUGCUUGCUCGGGACAGAUGCCCAGGCAUCACAGAGGAAAAUGCCUCCCCAGCAGCUGAGCAGGAAGCGGAGAGCUCACACCAGGAGGAGGCGGAGGAGGGGGAGUCUGCGGUGGCGAGCAUCCAGCCCAGGAGGCAGCUGGUGUGGAACGUGUGGGAGGAAGUGCAGACCCUGGAGAAGGAGAUCAAGGAGGACAUGGUGUCCACUGCCAUCACCUCCGCCACGGAGAAAUACAUCCGAGACACAAAGACUGAGGUCCUGCGUCUGAUGACUGCCAAUGAACAUCUGAAGACUAGCAUCAAGCGACUGUAG